AGUGUUGGGAGGGAGGAGUGGGCAGAAAAUUGCAUUGUACUGUAGAAAACUUUGUCAAACAGGUCAAAAUUUGACUUGAGUUUGUAGAAUUGGCAGUUAGGAAAAAAUUCUAAAUAUCCUAGUGUCGUUUACCAUAGUUGGUAAAUUUGAUCCUGAUUGGCAGAUUUGACCUAAAAAGAAUCAAAAGAUAAUAAAAAUGAAAAACCUGUGGUGAUGGGUUUUCGAAGAACUGUUUUCAAGGACAUAAUUAUGCUGGUACUAGGACUUGAAGAAAGCCUUGUGCAGUGAUUACCUGGAAAUUGCUCUGGUUUAGGGAUUUUUUCCGGAACUAUACAUAACGUCACCAGCAAAUGCAGAAACCAGUUAGUCGAGAUAAAUGUGCUGCUUAGGCAUUGUUCCAAUUGAAUUAUUCUGUGAUCAAACUAAUGUUUGUGUCCUCACAUCCCACAAAAUUGAUGACAGUGUAAUCUCUGUGAGUUCUUUAUAAUGAUAAGAGUCUCAGUCUGAGUGGUGAGAGUGGUGACGUUCACAUCCAAAUGGAGAGUUUCCCACGGUUGGGACAGCACAGACCUUUGUAGCAAAUAAUGCAAUGAACCUUUUCUAAUCAUUCUGUUUCCUGUGAGCAAAUAUUCUAUUCCUCAUCGUCCAUAAUGAAAUCCUACUAAGUGCAGGGUAGCUAUAACAAAACCUUAUUUAUCACCAGCAAUAUUUACCCUACCUGUAAUUCAUUAUCACCUAUUUUCUAGUUCUGAACAGGACCUGCUGUUCAUUCUCUUCUGCACAGAACAAGAGACCAAGCUGAUGAAACUGUCACCUUUGAGCAAGGCGUAGGGUAUAUGUCACGUGAAAUAUUUAUUGUAUAUUUUAGCUCUGAAAACAUUGUUAAAAAUAUUGUUCCUUAUUUGCUGUUCCAAAGUAAAAACAAAAUGUAAUUAGCUACCAUCUGUUUCUUUGAACAGAUGUCCAUAUAUUUUAAGUAUUGGUUACUUGUAAUGAGCUAGAAUCACAGUUCUGGGGAACUUUGGGCUCUUCUUGAGUUGGUCCUGUGCUUGAUGCACCUUCUCACCUUCCUUGUUCCCCUUAUCAUUUACAGUAAAGCCAAGAGAAGUUUCUAAAUUGAUAUGAAGCGUGUGGGCAGCUUGUUACUUAUCUCCCGAUGUUUCCAGAGAAAUGUGAGAAAACAGAUUAAUAUGCAUGUAGAAUUUUUUUCAUUUCUUUUAAUGCCUUUUUAUCAAUUUGGAUUUUUUUAUUUCAGUACAUUAAUCUGAUGUGUGUGUAUCAGAGCAUCUUUGACAUAUCUAGAAAACAGUUCCUUCUCAAAUAUCUAAUUGCAACAGGAACUAGGAAGUUUCACACUGUUCUGUAGACAUUUUGCUGUGAGAACAAUAUAACAGCUUUCUAGAAAUAUGAAAGCAUUUGGGCUGUAUUUGGGUGCAUGAGGCAGAGAAUUCAAGCUGCUCUGGCAGCCAGUUCUCUUCUGUGAGAACAGCAAAACUGCUGUCUUGUAUCAGAUGAAGGCUCUGCCUGAUCUGGUGUCCUGUCUACAGCAGGGCCUGCCCUGAGCAGGAGCCUAAGGUAUAGCAAAAAUAGGGCAAGAAUAUAUUGUACUGGUAGUAGUUUCUCUUCCUGGUGCUUAGUCCACAAAUCCUACCCCUCUCUUUGCCCAGGGCUGCUUGGUACAGUGUAGAGCAAGUGAAGAUGGUAAGUGCUCAACAGUGAGUACAGUGUCAAAGGUUGUGCUGGCAGAGAUAGGUCAGGAUGUGUUUUCAGGCCCUAAAACUGGAACAAGGGGGAAUCCACAUGGCUGUCCUUUCAAACAGAACAAUCCAGGUGGAGGACUUGGAGGAAUUCUGGAGAGACAAGACCAAAUCCCAGUUCUUAUGUGUAUCAUAUGUGAGGAAAGCAAGCAUAAUGAGGGGAAAAAUAUGCAUUUUCCCAGCUCAGCAAUCUAGGGUGAUAUCCAUGGAGGAACAUCACCCUGGUCUGUGUAACCUGCUCUGAUCUGGAAAGGCAGGAAAUCCACUGAGAAGAUCAUCGCUGUUUUGUAUUGCAGUUCUGGAACUGGCAAUAGCUGUAAAGCCUUUCCUUUUAGCAGCAUGGGACUGACAGCAUAAAGACUGAAGAUUUGUGGGGAUAAUGCGUGAGUCUGAGAGAUAAAGGGAGCUAUAAAGGGGGAAGCAGCCAGGAGGGCACCAGAGUGAACUGCCCACAGCUCCCGAGAGAUUGUGGCCCAGGUUUGGAGGUGCUUCUGUAAGGAAUCGGCAUGGAGCCAGAGGAGUACAGACAGAGAGGGAAAGAGAUGGUGGAUUACAUUUGCCAGUACCUGAGCAAUGUGAGAGAGAGACGGGUGACUCCCGAUGUACAGCCAGGUUACAUGAGAGCCCAGUUGCCAGAUUCUGCCCCAAUGGAUCCAGACAGCUGGGACAACAUCUUUGGAGAUAUAGAGAAGAUUAUUAUGCCAGGGGUAGUCCAUUGGCAAAGUCCACAUAUGCAUGCCUACUUUCCAGCUCUUACUUCCUGGCCUUCACUCCUUGGAGAUAUGUUGGCUGAUGCAAUUAACUGCUUGGGAUUCACAUGGGCCUCCAGUCCAGCCUGUACAGAACUGGAAAUGAACGUGAUGGAUUGGUUGGCCAAAAUGCUGGGACUUCCAGAAAAAUUCCUGCACCACCAUCCUGACAGUGUGGGUGGAGGAGUAUUACAGAGCACUGUGAGUGAAUCCACCUUGGUUGCACUGCUGGCAGCAAGGAAGAACAAAAUUCUGGAGAUGAAGGUUUCCGAGCCAAAUGCCGAUGAGUCCUCGCUCAAUUCUCGCCUCAUCGCUUAUGCAUCUGAUCAAGCACAUUCUUCUGUAGAAAAGGCUGGCUUGAUUUCCCUUGUGAAGAUAAAAUUUCUGCCUGUGGAUGAGAACUUUUCCCUCAGAGGUGAAACUUUGAAGAAAGCCAUUGCAGAAGACAGAAAGAAAGGCCUCGUGCCAGUCUUUGUUUGUGCAACAUUGGGUACAACUGGUGUCUGUGCUUUUGACAGUCUCUCAGAACUGGGUCCAAUUUGUGAUGCUGAGGGACUCUGGCUUCAUAUUGAUGCUGCAUAUGCAGGAACAGCAUUUGUAUGUCCUGAAUUUAGGCUGUUCUUGGAUGGAAUUGAAUAUGCAGAUUCCUUUACUUUUAAUCCUUCUAAAUGGAUGAUGGUUCAUUUUGACUGCACUGGAUUUUGGGUUAAGGAUAAAUACAAAUUACAUCAAACCUUCAGUGUUAACCCUGUCUACCUCAGACAUGCCAACUCAGGAGCUGCAAUUGACUUCAUGCACUGGCAGAUUCCACUGAGUCGCCGAUUCCGGUCUUUGAAGCUGUGGUUUGUGCUUCGCUCGUUUGGGGUGAAAAAGCUUCAAGCUCACGUCCGACAUGGUACUGAAAUAGCCAAAUUCUUUGAGUCCUUGGUUAAAAGUGAUCCGCUUUUUGAAAUUCCUGCAAAGAGGCAUCUUGGACUGGUUGUAUUUCGGCUAAAGGGUCCCAAUUGGCUGACAGAAAAACUCCUGAAAGAACUAAGCAGUUCUGGCAGGCUCUUCCUCAUUCCAGCAACCAUUCAUGACAAGUUCAUCAUUCGCUUUACUGUAACAUCUCAGUUCACAACCAGGGAAGACAUUCUGCAAGACUGGAACAUCAUUCAACACACUGCAGCCCAAAUUGUUAGCCAUAAUUAUGGGCUGCACUGCAUCAAUUCUGAUGAUGGGGCAAGAAUCCCUGCUAUGGUAGUAGAGCCCAGUUCUGAUGUCAUUAGUAAUGCUUCCCAGCUUUAUCUAGAUGGAGGGAAAUCUAAACCACCUUCCAGAAAAACAGUAGUUCAGCCUAAGAAGUUAUCGGUGAGUCCCAGUACGUGUGUGAUUAGUCAACAAGUGAAAGGUCAAGGGGAUCCUCUAGAUGACUGUUUUCCAGAAGAUGUCCAAGAUGUUACCAAACAUAAGUUAACCUCUUUUUUAUUCAGUUAUUUAUCUGCUCAAGGCAAGAAGAAGACAGCACGUUCCCUUAGCUGCACCAGUGUGCCAGUGACUGGUAGUCUUGAGCAGUGUAACCCCAAAGCUGCAGCCACUGACAAGGAGGAGUCUCAUGCAAAUGCCAGGGUUCUUUCCAGCCUGCCUGAAGACAUGAUGAUGUUCAAAAAAAGUGCCUUCAAAAAACUAAUUAAGUUCUACAGUGUCCCAAGCUUUCCAGAGUGUAGCAUUCAGUGUGGCCUUCAGCUGCCUUGUUGUCCUCUGCAAGCCAUUGUUUAACAAGUAAGAGAGCUUGGUCCUUAGAAAGAGAACCAAAGUUUGCUUAAUCAUAUGCAAUACCACGUGUUCUUUUGUUCAAUAUGUAAGCAGUGGCAAUGACCACUGAGAAAAUUACUGUGCUUUUACUGGUGAAAACCUCAUGUAUUUAUAGAUGAAAAUGUCAAAUAAAUCUUGUAGGCAUAUAA